AUGUUUUAUAAGGUCAUUUUUGGAUUUUCGCCAAACUUUACUUCAAGUGGGCUCAAAAAUUCUCAAUUGGAUUCAGGUGUGGACUUUGUGGGAGUGUUUCGAACACUUUUGGGCAGUCAUGAAGCAAACAGCUUCUUACCAAAUAAGAUUUAUGCUGCAAGCGGUUAUACCAAUAAAAUUUAUAAUAACCAACAAAACCAAAUUUUUCGACUUCGUUUACCAGAUCCAGGUAAAAUUACUAAUAAAAAAAUAGUGUUUAUCCAGAAUUUCAGAUUAUCGAAGGAAGCUUUUCGAGAUUUAUUGAAUGAAGUAGAAAACCAACUUAAAAUAACAAAAACUGAACGCGCUGUACCUAAUAUUUUAAAGGUGGCAUGUGCUUUAAAAUUUUGUGCACAAGGAAGCUAUCAACUGAGCGUGGGCAACGAUUUUAAUUUAGGUUUAGCUCAACCUACUGUAUCAGUUUGUUUAAAAGAGGUGUUCAACGCAGUUGAAAGGCGUUCAUGUCCGAAGUGGAUUAAAUUUGAGUACAGUAAAGAAGAACGACGUGCCAAAAUUUAUUUUUACGAAAAAACGGGCUUCCCAAAUAUUGUGGGUUGUACAGAUGGAAGUCACAUAAAAAUAAUAAGUCCAAAGGAAGAAGUAAAACAUUUAUACUACAACAGAAAAGAAUUUUGUAGUUUAAAUGCAUUGAUAGUAUGUGACCACGUAAUGAACAUACGUUAUGUGAAUGCCAAAUACCCAGGAAGUUAUCACGAUUCACAUAUUCGGAACGUGCCAGCUUUAAAAGCUAAAAUUGAGAGUGAUUAUCGUAGUGGACGAAAUGAUUUUAAAUUUCUGGGAUAUUCAGGAUAUCCCUUGGUACCAUAUAUGCUAACACCUUUCAGAAAUACUGAGGAGGCGUCUUUGGAAGCUCGUUUCAACAAAAAGCAUGCACAAGGGCGGAAUAUCAUACGAAUAUCAUAUCUUACGAUUUUACUCCUAAGUAAAAUAUAUGAAUAA